GAUGAAGUUCACGCGAAACGUUGUCAUCGCGUUCUUGGUUUUCGGCUCAGCGUUUUGCAAUGACGAGGCGGUCGAGGAGCAGGAUAUUGUGGAGCAGGUGUUGAGUUCGGAAGAGUCUUCCUCGAUAGAAUCGAAUCCGAAGGAGGACUAUAGUUUGGCCAUCGAUAUGAUAAUUGAGGCGAUGGAAUCGGAUCUGGUAAAGGACUUGGAGGACGCUGCGACUGAGGAGGACAGAAAGAUGUGCAUCGAGACGUUCAUCAGUGAUGCGAAAGAUAACAUCGAGACGUUCAAGACGUCGAUGUUCGAAUCGCAACCGCAGCAGAGGGCAGAGUUCGACGACGAUUCCGAUGACAUCCAUACGAGACUGGAAACGCUGAUCGCUAAGCACGUGCCGCAGAGGAGGACCAUCAUUGGAGACGACACGCGGAAACUGAUCACGAACAUCUGGCAGAAACCGGUCCAGAUGGGUAUCAACGUGUACAACAAUCUGAACUCGCUGUCGGACAGCAUGAGUCAGCAAGCGGACGAGAUCAACAGGAACGCGUACAGGCAAUGCGACAGAGAUGACUUCCUGCAAUUCAAACAAAAUCUGAAGCAGCUGAUCGACUCGAACGUCAAUGGUUAUAUUGCAACUCUGCAGCUGUACAAUCGGGCGACCGUGAACACGAACGAUUUCCGCGCCGUCCUCAUGAAGAAGGUGAACGAGUUCACCAAUAAGGCCUUGUCCGGGGCGCACGAGUGCCACGAGAAUUUCCAUGCGUUCAAGAAGGUCGCGCUUAAAGUCGGCGAGGAGCUCAUAAGGAUCAGCAACAUCGAGAACAGACCCUUCAAGAAGGUCGACAUCCAAGCGCAAAAGGCCAAGAAGAUAUGCGAAAUGGAUAAGUCGAAAUUCAACAUCAACUGUAGAUUUUAA